AUGCCUCCUUCCGCUUCCAAGGAAAAGAGACUCGCCAAGAAGGCUGCCGAGGGCAAAACCAAGGCCGGAAAGGGAGCCAAGGCAAAGGCCAAGGAGCCCGAGCUCGAUGCCAACGGCAAUGUUAUCCAGGACGACGCCCCCGCCACUUCUGGAGAGAAGCUUGACGAGGUGAAGCGCCUCGCUGAGCAGAUGGACAAGCACGGUAUCUCGGAUCGAGUCACCACCGGUGUUUUGUCAUCGACCCAUGCCAGCAAGGACGUCAAAAUAACCAGCACCAGCUUGGUGUUCCACGGCCGCGUCCUCAUCACCGACUCGACCCUGGAAUUGUCCUUUGGCCGCCGAUACGGUCUCCUCGGUGAAAAUGGUUGCGGAAAGAGUACACUCCUCAAGGCCAUUGCUGCCCGAGAAUUCCCCAUUCCCGAGCACAUUGACAUCUAUCUUCUGAACGAAGGCGCUCCUCCCAGCGAUCUCGGCGCUCUGGAAUGGGUUGUCAAGGAGGCCGAGAUGGAACUGGAGCGUCUCGACAAGCUUGCCGAGAAGCUCCUCGAGGACGAAGGCCCCGAAAGCCCCGUUCUUAUUGACCUCUACGAUCACAUGGAUAAGAUGGACCCCUCGACCUUUGCCACUCGUGCCUCACUCAUCCUCACUGGUCUCGGAUUCAACAAAAAGACUAUCCACAAGAAGACCAAGGACAUGUCUGGUGGUUGGAGAAUGCGAGUUGCUCUUGCCAAGGCCCUGUUCGUGAAGCCUUCGCUGUUGCUGCUUGACGACCCCACCGCUCACUUGGACCUCGAGGCCUGCGUGUGGCUCGAAGAGUACCUCAAGAAGUGGGAUCGUACCCUCGUUCUUGUUUCCCACUCAAUGGACUUCCUCAACGGCGUGUGCAGCAACAUGAUUGAUAUGCGUGACAGACUCCUCCAGUACUAUGGUGGUAACUACGACUCUUACCACAAGACUCGUGCCGAGAAUGAGACGAACCAGAUGAAGGCCUACACCAAGCAGCAGGAAGAAAUUGCCCACAUCAAAAAGUUCAUUGCCAGUGCAGGUACAUACGCCAACUUGGUCAGGCAAGCCAAGUCGCGACAGAAGAUUCUGGACAAGAUGGAGGCCGACGGUUUCAUUCAGCCCGUCACUCCUGACAAGGUCUUCACUUUCCGAUUCGCUGACGUCGAAAAGCUACCCCCUCCUGUCUUGUCCUUUGACAAUGUCACCUUCUCUUACUCUGGAGACCCAGCUGAUGACCUGUAUCGCAACCUGGACCUUGGUUUCGACAUGGACUCCCGAACUGCCCUUGUCGGCCCCAACGGUGUUGGCAAGUCUACUUUGCUGCGUCUCAUGACUGGCAAGCUUUCCCCCACCGGAGGUUCCGUCACUCGCCACACCCACUUGAAGCUCGGUCUUUACUCCCAGCACAGUGCUGAGCAGCUGGAUCUCACCAAGUCGGCGCUCGACUUUGUACGAGACAAGUACAAGGAGAAGUCCCAGGAUUACCAGUACUGGCGUCAGCAGCUUGGCCGAUAUGGUUUGACUGGCGAUUCGCAGACUGCUCUGAUGGGCACUCUCUCCGAAGGUCAGAAGAGCAGAAUCGUUUUUGCCCUGCUGGCCAUUGACGGGCCCAACAUGCUUCUGCUUGACGAGCCUACCAACGGUCUUGAUAUCCCCACUAUUGACAGUCUGGCUGAUGCCAUCAACGCCUUUAGCGGUGGUGUUGUUGUCGUCUCCCACGACUUCCGACUUUUGGACAAGAUUGCCAAGCAAAUUCUUGUGUGCGAAAACCAGACCAUUCAGGUAUGGGACGGCACAAUUGGCGAUUACAAGAACUAUCUGCGCAAGAAGAUGAUUUCAGCUGGUGCUGUGUAA